CUCUGUUAUUUUGUUCGUUGUUGCUUUCGUUUAGCUGAAUUUGGAAUGUGGUGACCAUUGAAUAGUUCUUAAUCUUCAACCUACACAAUUUCAAAAAAAAAUCUGUCAUCGUAGCGAAAAAAAAGAAACAUAAAAGAGAAUAUUGGUCAAGUGUUUACGAUAUUUGAUUUAUCUACUGCAAUACACUACUUUCUCGUGUAUGUGAGUGUGGUUAGUCUUUCCACUUGACUACAUCGUUCGUUUACAGAAAUAACACGUACAUAUUGACAUCGCGACUGCAUCAUUAGCGGACAGUGUUCCCGUACAAAAAAAAAAGUUGUUCAUUUGACAUUCCAUUUGUGAUGUUCCACGAUUGAAAGUCCAUCCAAAAACCGAACAAAAGAGAAACAAUCACAAAAAACAGCAACAAAAAGAACGACGAGCGGUGAGUCGUGAGUGUGCGAAUUAUUGAGCAAUCGUCAGAGCACCGAAAGAAGAAGAAGAGAAAAAAAAAAACAAAAGUGCGUUGUUGGUGUUUAUAUGAGUGUGUUUGUUGUCGAGCAAGCGACCUUGCCGUUUCCUUUUAUUUUGACAUUUAAAUUACCACUCGAGCCUACCACUCAUUUUUUAUUGAGUCACUCAGAGAAUCGACAACGACGACAACGACAGCGACAGCCACAACAUUGGCGACGAGUGUGAAGUGGGAACCGUGCAAAAUACGCAAUGGUUUGAUACAUUUCGUAAUUCGGCCUCAGUAGUGGUUGCAUUCGAAUCGAGCGUAAAAGUCCACGGUGAACGAGCGAGCACAAGUGAAGAUUGAAUGUGAAUUUUUAGUCGUGUAUUACUGUUCACCAUUGAGUGUCACGUAUUCAAUUUUUCUGCAUGUGCAAGUUGCAUGGGCUGUAUAUUGUAAUUACAACAACAACAACAACAACAACAACAACAACAACAACAACAACAACAACAACAACAACAACAACAACAACAAUAACAGUUGAAAAUUGAGAAUAAAAAAAACAUCAAUCGUAUACUCUCUCGAAUCGAACAAAAAAAAUGACCUCAAUAACAAAUAAAACUGCACACAGUGCUGUUUCCGCUUCGUUGAAAUCGGCCGACAUGUCAGUGAUAAAAAAUCGUUCCAGUAUGAAUGAGUCAGAUUUGCAGGCUGAAUUGAUUGAAGUAAUACCGGAGCUACCGUUUAACGAUAGCGAAGACGAUUUUAGUGAAUACAGUGAUGAUAUCGAGCAACAUAGCCAUUCAUUUCAUCUAAACGAUGAAAAUGACGAUGAUGAAGAACCAUUCGAUGAAUAUGCCUAUCAAGUGAUGUCGAAUCAUAGUGAACCACAAACAAUUUGGUUUGACAAUUCCCAAUUAAAAUCGUUACCGAUGAAUGGCAAUUCAACGGGUGACAGUGAUGAUGUGAUAUUAAUCGAUGACGAUGACAGUGAUGGUGAUUUUAAUGAAAAUAGCAACGGAGGCCUUACACACGAACCUUCUGGAAAUUCUUCUUCUGCCGAACAAAAAGUUUAUUCAUGUGAUAUAUGCAAAGCACGAUUGUCCAGUAGCUAUAAUCUAAAACGCCAUAUGAUGAUUCAUUCUGGUGAAAAACCUUUCGAAUGUGACAUUUGCAAACGACGCUUUCGAGAACAAAGUGAUUUAAGAAAACAUAAAAAAGUCCACAACAAUAUUUCGGCAAAUGUAAAAUGUUCGGUGUGCAAUCGUAAUCAACCAUCGAGCCGUAAUUCGACAAAAUGUGUUUCGUGUGAAAAACAACAGGAAACAACAAAACGGUACAAUCACAAUUCAGUAUCAGAUAACCUUGUGCCACGCAUUGAUGCCAAUAAUAAAAAAGCAUUCGUGUGCAAAUAUUGUGAUAGAGCCUUUGGCAGCAGCUCAAAUCUAAAGAGACACGUUAUGAUACAUACUGGUGAGAAACCAUUUUCGUGUUCCGAAUGUAAGAGGCCAUUCAGAGAAAUGAGCACGUUGAAAAAACAUUUGAUAACACAUCGCAAACAGAAUGGAUUUAAUUCAAACACCGUUUUAAAAACGAUGAGUUUUACCGAACCGAAGCAAUUGCCAAUGGCAAAACCAUUGAAACUUACACAAUUUCCACACAGUUUACACAAAUGUCCACUGUGCAAGACAAUUUGUCGUGGCACCGAAAAUCUCAUGAACCACAUUACCACAAUUCAUCGGCCAAAUAUUGGAAAAACCAAAAACAAUGGAUCUUCCGACAAUACGAUGCGAAAACAUUCCAAAUCACCGCCACCACUCAUUCCAAUCAACAAAGCCGCCUUCAACUGUUUGAAUGCCAAAAGAAUUUAAAGUCAAAAUAACAAAUCUACAUUCCGAUAAAAAAUUUACACUUGUUACUAUCACGCAUUUUGUACACACGUUUUACGAAAAAGAAACAUGUCUUUCCAAACAUUUUCUUCACAAUUAUUAAUGAUGUAAAAGUAUUUAGAUAUUAUCUUAAGCCAUUCUACAUAGUGUGAAAUUAGACUAUACUUCGUCUAGUAUACGCCUAUUUUAGGCUAUUAUAAAAAAAAUCCUUUUUUCUUAUUUUCUCUUUUGCUUUUUGGCUCCAAAAACAAUGGCAGAUGUUAAAUUAGUUUGUAAGCAACGUGAACAAAUUUCCACACAGAACUAUAACAGUUAUUCUAUGAAUCAAUGACAUUCCAUGAAAUAUAUAUAUUUUUUAUAAAUCUAUAGAAGAAA